AUGAACUCAAUGUUCACAGCAAAUGUACCAUUUCAAUACGAUGAAGUUACGCACAAGUGGUGCAACAUCAAGUCAUAUUUCAGUUCAGAGAAGCAGAGGAUGGACAAGGCAAAGAGAAGCGGUGCCGGCGGAGACGAAAACGUACAGACCAGCUGGAAGUUCUAUGAAGCUUUGAAAUUCCUACAACAUGUGAAUGAGCAUACACCAUCAGUGAAUAAUUUUAAUAAGUGGAGUUUGCAGAACCUGGACCCUGAUCCCAAUCCAUCGCGUAAGCUUGGGGAGCAACUGCAGCCUGCAGAAUGUUUCGAUCCAGGCUACAUCUCUACAGAAGACACUAAUAGUGAUUCAACACCAAUUAAAAUCAUAUCGGAUGAGAUUGUAACUCCACCUCUGGUUACUUCGCAAAACUGUGGUCGGUUUGAUGACAAUAACAACAAUAGCACUAGAAAGUUGGUCCAUGCAACAAGAAAACGAAGAACAAAAAUUAAUAAUGAUUUGGAUGAAAACGCCUCUGCUUUAAUCGAAGCAUCACAAAAUUUAACAAAUGCCUUUCAUGUUGCAUCAAAAACAAAUAACACUGACGAAAAGGCAAACAGUUUUGGGAUAUACAUGGGUGAAGAAAUUGUAAAACUGGACCCCGACUUGCAACUCAAAGCGAAGAAACAAAUGCAUGACAUUUUGAUGAAUCUGCAAAGCGAGCAAUUGAAACGGAAUGGGCUUAUGUAA